AUUUGAAAGUAAGUUAGCCCUCAACUAUUGUAGGCUCUUUUGAUCGGCUUAGGCCUACAAUUAUAAGUUGUGAACUUUUGAACUAGCCAAACUUAGUGCUCAAAUUUGUAUACACUCAUUAUAUGAGAACUCAGUAGAAAAACAUUCAUCAUGACUAACAGUAACCUAUCAAAGUUUCACUCCAAGGGGGCAGAAGCUCACUCUUGUGCCAAUUCGGUAACCCAUAAUCAGAGGUGCCACUCCAGGGUAGUAAAGAAUUCGACUCACAGUCAAAGUUUAGUGGUUCCUAGAGGGAAAUACAAACAAUUAGAAAGUAACCAACUUCUUCAAAUCGAGAAGACAAAAGGGAAGCCAGCGGAAAAAUCAUGUAGUAGAUCAUCACCAAAUGCUGCUGCUAGACAGAGUCCACAGUCAAUUUUCAAGCAGAGGGCCAGUCCGUCCAAAGAGGGGAGUCCCAGCUCGUCCCCUACGCUUGGUUCUUUCUACGCUGGAGCAAAGUUCAGCGAGCCUCCGACACCCAACAUUCUUCCUCGACCACCGACUCGUUGGACAACUACAUCUUUCUACAUGGCAUCUGGAGGGGCAUUCCCUUUCCUUUCUGAUGGGAGAGUUGAAAAAUGUCACCAGUUUACAAGCAAUCUUAAAAUGCUGCUAAACGUUCAAGCAUGAUUGACUGAUUUGUAUGCAUCACUUUAUUUUUUGAAAGUAUUGUAUAAAGUUGUAAUUGAUGUAAGAAUGUACUAAGAGUUGAGUUUUAUCGCCUGGUAUCUAAAAAAAAUCGAGACAGCACACAAUUGAUGUAAAACAAUGUAAUACAAUGGGCACAAUAUUCAGUUCAUCUUAAUAUGUGUUCUUUAGAUACACAUACCAAAUUCCAAUUAAUUGUCUCAAAAUAACA